AUGGCCGCUGGUGGGCGCAGGUACGAGUGGGCGUUCGAGGCCCUGCCGGAAGCGCUCCCCACCGACGCGGAGGAGCUGUCGCUGGUCGGAACCGACUGCCGGUCGAUCGUCGCCCUCGGCGCAGCGCUGAGCUCGCCGUCGCUGACCACUGUCCGGCUCAUGUCGCACGGCUCGCUGCGAUCGCUCGACGGCAUCGGCGUUGCGCUCCAUAUAACCCAUCUCAUUUGUCCCAGCAAUCGAAUCGGCUCGCCGCUCGCAAAGCAAACGCUCUCGCUGCCGGCCCUCGUUGCCCUCAACCUCGCAGGCAACGAGCUGACGAGCCUGCCGACAUCGGCCGAGCUCGAUGCCCCAAUGCUUGCCGAUCUCGAUGUUGCUGACAAUGCGCUGACCGACCUCGCCGGUGUCGGUCGGCUUGCCGCGCUCACCAAGAUCAACCUCUCGGGCAAUCGCCUAGCCUCGCCCGCGGUUCUCUCGAAACUUGCAAGGCUGCCCCGCCUUGCACACUUGGCGCUGGCCGAUCCGCACGCCCGGGCAACCCGCUCGCGCGGCAUCCGUCGUAUGUCGACCUUCCUCGACGGCCUGCGGGUGGCCGAGAGCCGAGUCGCCACCGCCCGCGAUGCUCACCUCGCCGCCGAGCGCGAGUUUGCGGCUACGCGCGCCGCGGCGGUUGAUUCCGCGCGGCGAGCUGCUUCUGCAGCAGCUAUCCGUGCCCGUGCCGCCACCAACGCCCACGAUCGCGCUUGUCGCGUGCUCGAUGCCGAGUGGACGGCGCUGGUGAGCGCCGUCACCGACGCCACGGCCGCGCUCGACGCCGAGUACGCCGCUGCUGCUGCUGCUGCUUCCGCACGGCUCGCCUCUGCCGAGGCCCAGCUCGCGAGUCUCGGGCCACGCUAUACGGAAGCCUUUUCUGCACUCGACACUGCGAUGGCGGACGCGCGUGCUGCCAUUGAUGCCCGCACACGUGCGUUGACCUCACACGCUGCGCACGCCGCGCGGCUAGACAUCCGAACGCUUGCUGGCGGUGCCCUUGUCCCACUUCCGCUCGCGUCGCCCGCAGGAGCUGCACUCUCGGCGCUUGUCGCUGAUCUCGCGCCCGGCUACAAGCUUGCCAUCCACGCUGCCUAUGAGGCGUCGGCAACGCCAGCAAUGGCAUCGGCUGAGUACCCGCCAGGCCUCAGCUAUGUCGUUUGUGCCAAGGUCGACGACGCCCUGCUCUCGACCGGCAAUGUCGGUGAAACAGCUUGCUCAAAAACAGACACGCUCCUUGCCGCACUCGACACCGUGACCAUCGAGCCGGGCCGGCCGGUCUACAUCGGCAUCCUGGACGGAGGCGGCAGCCUCCGCUUUCUCAUCCACCUGGGCGCUCCGUUUGAUUUGGCCGAAUCACGACUAACAUCUGAUGUUGUUGUCGAUGCCGCCGCAUCCGCCCAGAAACUGCUUGACGAAGCGCUCGAUAUUCUGGCCAGCUACGCCUCCUCUGCAAGCACGUCAUACCCACGCUCGCUCUCGCCUUCUGCCGCCGCAGCGCUCCGUGCUGCUCUCUGUGCCGAUAGCAGCGCGAGUGGCAACCAGGACAGGCUGUCACCUAUUUGGGGCCACGUGAGUCAAGCCAAUUAAAAUGCGGAUAAGCG